CAUGAAUCGACAGAUUUGUCGUGUACGGAAACAACGACGCGUUUUCAGCAGCUGGCUGAUAUGUUGACUCCCUCACGCUUGCUCUCUCCACACACACAAUACAGGCAAUGUUGACCAGCGCCAUGGCAUCCGCGUCUAGUUACAGUAGGGCCGGGGCUUCUGGGCAACGCGAAGAAGCCGUCAUUGAUCCCCAGCCCGUGCAGACACCACAAAAGUCACGGUCGCCCAAAGCGCGCUCUCUUUCGGACACGAUUCCGCGAUUGGAGCCAUCACCAAAGUUCCACGAGCCAGCACGCACGUCCAAAGAUGACCACACCAUCAUGGCCAGUCCCAGCACCCCCAAACGGCCAGACUUCCUCUCCAGAGGGUUGUCCCUCCAGAUGCCUGCUCGAGAGACGCCCAUGCCCAGCCCCGCGCACUUUGCCGCGCGGGUGCCACUUUCACCGCAACUAGAUGCGCGCAACACGUACGCGUCGCCAGCUUCACUGCUGCCGCGACGGUCACGGGGUGCUGAGUUCUCGAGAGCCUGCACCAACCUUCACCACUCGACGCUCCCCGACGCGUCCUCUCCCGACUCGUCGCCCACAAUCACGCAGAAGGGGAUUAAGAUACCGACACGGACGACGCGAGCGAACUCGAUGUUGCUGGAAUCGCCCAACGUCAAUAUGCAUGGCGGGUGGGGCAAUGGCGAGCGGACUGCGCCCUCGAGCUCGGUAGGCAGCAUCAACAUGCUUGGAUCGGACGAUUCGAGCAGCGACUCUGAUGGGGUUGACCCUCUGGACCCUGAUGACAACGACGACCCCAUGCUCAUGACCCCGCAAACCAUAAAGUCGAACAACCUCUUCCCCAAUGCUGCUGGCGGCACCAACGGCACCUGGUCGAGCCUGUUCUCUCCCGGUGCACUCCCCAAUUUCAUGAGCAUACAGCGAGCGAGACUGCGAAAAGGCCGGAGUCGGAAGAGCUCGAGCUCUGCGAGCGGACACAGCUCGAUGGCGAGUCCUGGACCAGCAUCGCCGCCCAACGGGAAGGACUCGGGCUUCUUUGCGAGAGAGGCGGCCAUGCGCAAGGCUGAGUCUCGUCGUGAGAGUCUCUCGCUCUUCGCAAUCGAUCUGAACAUCUCUUCUGGUAACGACAGCGGGGACGAAGCCUCGGCGAUGCCCCAGACUCCCGGCGUUGUGCGACGGCCUGUGACGCGGCGGGGUAAUUUACUGCCACGAUCCAGACAGUUUGGUCGCAUCAAAGCUGAGCUCUUCGAAGAGUCCGCACCCGUCGACAGUGAAACGCGUCGCGAAGCCGAGAUCAUCCGACAAGUGAGGGAAAGCGACGCUGACCCCUCGCUCACAGCGCAAUCGUCUCCCAGUCUCCUACCCGCUGGACUAGAAGGAUGUCUGGAGGGAGUGCCUGAGGAGGGCAGCGAGAGCAACAUGAGUCUCGAUGGCUCGACAGCCAAGGAGUUAUUCGGCACAUAUGGCAGUCUUAACACUGGCCGAAACUCCAUCGGUAAUGGGUUUUGGAACCAGCGCGUGGCUCAAACACCACCGCCGCCCUCCUUCUCCCGCGCUGAAUCGUCAGCGAUGAGCGAGGACAUGACUCUGGACUCACCGACCAUUUCAUCGUUCAACGACAACAUGGCGCAAGAGCAGAACAACAGCGAAUGGGCUUCACGAGCCUCCACACCAGGGAAUAUGAACCCACCCUCUGCAGCCGAGGGACUCAAGAAGUCGAACAAGCGCCGGCGCGAUGAUGACUUCGACGAGAUGUCCAUCAAGCGUCGCGCCGUGUCCCCAGGCCUUAGUGUGCAUAACAGCCCCGUCAUUUCACAAUCCCCUGUGCAACGCGACGGCACUUUAUGGGGCACGGCCAAAGCCGGUAGAGAAACUUCCAUCAGCGGACAGUCUAAUGGGGAGAGGUCGAACAGCGGAGGGAGCAUGAGCAUGACACCGACUUUGGGACCUAAGCGGGUUGGGUUACAGGGGAUGACAGACACUAGCGAUGGGUUUAUGAAGAUGAGCAUUGAGUAGGACUGAUAUUCCAGACGCUCAUCUCUUGUGGGAAUACUGUACUUCGACCUCGGUUUCAGCGCGGCGUUCGGGAGGGCAUCAUAAGGGAAACUUAACGGCCGCUAUCACAGUUUGAAACUCUAUUCUUUGUAUAGAUACCCCUGUUUUCAACAUUCCAACAAUCAUCAUCAUCAUCAUCAUUCUUCUGUUUGUAAUCUGAAGACCACCUGAGAUCGUGACGGCAGUUGCCUGCCUUGUGGCUGCCUGCUUGGCGAUAUCUAC